GCAACGGAAGUGAAGGGAAGAAAGAGAGAGAGAAGGAAACCCAGCAAAGCUACGAGAAAGAAAAGAAACCUCAGACAAAAGGCUACAUUUUUACUCUAAUGCAAGGGAAAGCUCUCAGACAAGAGAUUUCCCUUCUCUCUUUUCUCGAGCUUGAGCGCCACUGUUGCAGAGAGAUAUUUCGUUUUCUCAAUUUAUCUUCCUGUUUCGGUUGAUGGAGUAGAAGUGGAAGAAACCAUUGGAUUGGAUUGGUGUUAUUGUUGGAUUGAACAAAAUGUCGCAGAACAACUGGGAAGCCGACAAAAUGCUAGAUGUGUAUAUCCAUGAUUACUUAGUGAAAAGGGAUCUAAAAGCUACUGCACAGGCUUUUCUAGCUGAAGGAAAAGUAUCCUCUGACCCAGUUGCUAUUGAUGCUCCUGGUGGCUUUCUGUUCGAGUGGUGGUCUGUAUUUUGGGACAUAUUCAUUGCUAGGACAAAUGAGAAGCACUCAGAGGUUGCUGCAUCGUACAUCGAGACUCAGGUAAUGAAAGCCAGGGAGCAACAGCAGCAGCAACCUCAACAACUGCAGCACCCGCAACAGCAGCAGCUGCAGAUGCAGCAGCUCUUUCUGCAGAGGCAUGCUCAGCAGGCACAACAGCAGCAUCAGCAACAACAACAACAGGUGCAGCAGCAGCAGCAGCAACAACAACAGACACAGCAGCAGCAGCUGCAGCAACGAAGAGAUGGGGCUCACGUCCUAAAUGGCUCAGCUAAUGGGAUUGUUGUCAAUGAUCCCCUUAUGAGACAGAACCCUGGAACGGCUAAUGCUUUGGCUACAAAGAUGUACGAGGAAAGAUUGAAACAUCCUCUGCAAAGGGAUUCUUUAGAUGAUGUGGCUAUGAAGCAAAGAUUUGGUGAGAAUAUGGGUCAGCUUUUGGAUCCAAACCAUGCAUCAAUGCUAAAGUCAGCUGCUGCAGCUGGCCAGCCUUCAGGGCAAGUUCUGCAUGGUACAGCAGGUGCUAUGUCACCUCAAGUUCAAUCUCGGAAUCAGCAACUUCCAGUGUCAGCACCAGACAUAAAGACUGAAAUGAAUCCAGUGCUGAAUGCAAGAGCUGCAGGCCCUGAAGGAUCAUUAAUUGGAAUUGCUGGAUCAAAUCAAGGUGGUAACAACCUAACAUUAAAAGGAUGGCCUCUCACAGGUUUGGAUCAGCUUCGCUCUGGGUUUCUCCAGCAACAAAAAUCAUUUAUGCAGAGUCCUCACCCCUUUAAUCAACUUCAGAUGUUGACACCACAGCACCAGCAACAACUCAUGCUUGCACAGCAAAAUUUAACCUCUUCAUCUGCCAGUGAUGUUGAGAGCAGAAGGUUAAGAAUGCUCUUCAACAACAGAAGCAUGGGUCUUGGGAAGGAUGGACUUACAAAUUCUGUUGGCGAUAUAGUUCCAAAUGUUGGAUCACCUUUACAAGCUGGUUCUGUUUUGUCUCGAGGGGAUCCAGAGAUGUUAAUCAAGUUAAAAAAUGCCCAGCUACAGCAGCAGCAACAAAACAACAAUCAACAACAGCAGCAGCAUUCUCUUUCUGGCCAACAAUCUCAGUCCUCAAACCACAAUCUUCAUCAACAGGAUAAAAUUAUAGGUGCUGGCAGUGUCACUGCAGAUGGUAGUAUGCCAAACUCCUUUCGAGGAAAUGAUCAGGCUUUGAAAAACCAGACUGGGAGAAAGAGAAAGCAGCCUGUGUCAUCUUCUGGUCCUGCCAAUAGCUCGGGAACAGCCAACACAGCAGGACCUUCCCCAAGUUCUGCACCCUCAACGCCAUCAACUCAUACCCCUGGAGAUGUGAUCUCAAUGCCUGCUUUGCCACAUAGUGGUAGUUCAAAGCCCUUGAUGAUGUUUGGCACUGAUGGUGCAGGCACUCUUACAUCUCCGUCAAAUCACCUGUGGGAUGGUAAAGAUAUUGUGCAGGCUGAUAUGGAUCGUUUUGUGGAGGAUGGAUCUCUUGAUGAUAAUGUUGAGUCUUUUUUAUCUCAUGAUGAUACCGAUCCUAGAGAUACAAUUGGACGGUGCAUCGAUGUUAGCAAAGGUUUCACGUUUACCGAAGUCAAUUCUGUUCGAGCUGGUGCAAGCAAAGUUGUAUGUUGCCACUUCUCAUCAGAUGGUAAACUCCUUGCAAGUGGUGGCCAUGAUAAAAAGGCUGUAUUGUGGUAUACAGAUACUUUAAAGCCAAAAAGUACGCUUGAAGAACAUUCUGCAUUAGUUACUGAUGUCCGUUUCAGUCCAAGCAUGCAACGUCUUGCAACAUCUUCUUUUGACAAAACUGUCAGGGUCUGGGAUGCUGACAAUCCUGGCUAUUCACUUCGUACUUUUACUGGACAUUCUGCUUCUGUCAUGUCUCUAGACUUCCAUCCAAAUAAGGAUGACCUUAUCUGUUCUUGUGAUGGAGAUGGCCAGAUAAGAUACUGGAGCAUUAACAAUGGUAAUUGUGCAGGAGUUUUUAAGGGUGGCACAGCCCAGGUGAGAUUUCAGCCCCGUUUGGGAAGAUAUCUUGCUGCAGCCGCUGAGAAUGUUGUGUCCAUACUUGAUGUGGAGACACAAGCUUGUCGGCAUUCAUUACAGGGGCACACAAAACCUAUUCAUUCUGUUUGCUGGGAUCCUUCUGGGGAAUUUCUGGCCUCUGCCAGUGAGGACUCUGUUAGAGUUUGGACACUCGGAAGUGGGAGAGAAGGGGAAUGUGUUCAUGAGUUUUGUAAUGGCAACAAAUUCCAUUCCUGUGUCUUCCAUCCCACAUAUUCUUCACUGCUGGUCAUUGGCUGUUACCAGAACCUCGAGCUUUGGAACAUGACGGAGAACAAGACGAUGACUCUCUCGGCGCAUGAAGGACUGAUUGCGGGCUUGGCUGUAUCAACAGUGACCGGUUUGGUUGCCUCGGCUAGCCAUGACAAGACUGUUAAGCUUUGGAAGUGAAGUUACUUCCAUUCUGAGCUGCUGCAAAAUCUGCUCCAGACUGAAUUUUUGCCAAAUUGUGUGCUGUAAGUUGUGCGUAUUCUGAGAGCAGUUUCCGAUUUCUGUGUUUUUACAGUUUGUCUAACCCAAGAACUAAGAAACCAGCCGUCUAUUGCUGUUGAAGAUGCCAUUUUUCUCAU